AUGGAGAAGUGUACAGAAUCUCCACCAAACUUAAAUGCAGAGCCUUCCUUUCUGAGAGGAGGCAAUCUGAUUCUGCAGCCACAAGUGCAACAUCCAACUGACGAUAAACCUCCUUUAACAGGGCAAGUUGUACCUGCCCUGAAUACCCCAGUGAUGUCUGGUCCUUACUCAGGUGACCAACUUCCUCAGUUUCAUGGUAGCCCAGCCAGUGUCACGGGUUUUUUUGCUCAGGUGGCCACCUAUUUGACAGCUCUGGAUAUUCCUAAUCCUGCAGAUGAUGCCCGAGUCAAGCACUUUUUUGACUACCUUUCACAGCAGAUGCAAAAUUGUGAUGAGCUAUCUGAGUCCACCCAGAAUAAUCUAUUGAAACAAUAUGAGAACUUUGUUCUUGAGUUACAGCAGUCGUUUGGUGAACCAAUGGCACAAGAAACAACACCUCCAAUGAAUGUUACGGUUGACAAAAGCGACAUCUCUCCGAAGGAUGCCACUACUUUCCAAGUUCAUGCUCCAAAUUUGAGUUAUAGUGAGACCAAUCAGAGAGACCAGUUCCAAAAUGAGCAAGGUGACCCCACUCAAAAUGAAGACAUCACAGACAUGAUCGACAACCUACCAGAUUUGAUCACUCAGUGCAUUCAGCUAGACAAAAAACACAAAGACAGGCCAGAGCUCCUACAAUCUGAAAGUCAUGUUCCAAUGCUUUCUUCCACAAACCAUUACCAGCCUUUCAUCAGCCCCAUACGUCCACUACCAAAGGAUGGGCCGAAACAGGUGCAGGGAGCCCACCUGCCUGUCACUCCAGCCAAAAGAGCCCGCCAGCAAGAAACACAGUUAUGUCUCUACUGUAACCAGGCUGGCCAUUUCACAAGAGAUUGCCUUGCUAAACGUUCUAAAACUCCAGCAAGGAAAAAAAUGUAA